AUGGAGGCCACCAACAUCUUUUCGGAAGAGAUCUCGAUUUUUGACUGGGAUAUCUAUCUGAAAGCAAGACCCGAUUACACCGGGUCAGGUUUCUACGAUCGACUGUUCUCCUACCACGACUCUCACUCUGGCUCCUACGACACAGCCUAUGAUGUAGGGUGUGGACCUGGCCAGGUCGCGUCCGCUCUCGCACCCAAAUUUCGUCGGGUUCACGGCAGCGACCCCAACGCCUAUGUCAUCAGCAAAGCUCACGAGCUGUUCAAGUCCCUCAGCAAUGUCGACUUUGAAGUCAGUAGCGCCGAGAACAUCAUCUCGGCCAACGAUGACCGAGCAGGGACAGCGGACCUCGUUACAGUGGCGGAGUGCAUCCCUCUUAUGGACACUCAAGCAGCCAUGGCCGCUUUCGCAAAGCUACUCCGACCUGGCGGUACCCUUGCCAUCUGGUUCUACGGUGGGCCGAUUUUCACCAAUCCGGAGCUUAGCGAGGAUAGUCCGGAGGUGAGAGGUGUGCAGGCGCUCUUCAAGGGUAUUCUAGAUCGCUCGUAUGAUGAAUUUCGGCCUUUCAAGGGAAGUGUCCUCGAAAGACCAUCCACCAUGAUCUAUUCAUGGCUUGACAAUGUGGUUUUUGAUCCCACCCUGUUCAAGAAUGUCAAGCGUGUCAAGUGGAAUACGGAUAAGCAGUUGAAUUUUCUAAGCAAAGAGGUAAUGGAUUUUCCAUUAGAGCACGUCAAUCUCAUUGGUGAAAAUGAGGUCGUACAGAAUGAGGGGGUGGAUAGAAGCUUUCUGCUCACAAAGAACGUGGAUUUUAAUUGGGCCAAGGGAUUCAUCGACUCGGCAAUAGCCAGAGAGAAAGAUUAUAUCACCGAUGAAGUCCGAGAGAUGUUUGGGGGGCUUGAGACUAGGAUGAAAGGAAGGGUAUGGAAUGUCACAUGGCCUGCAGUGUUGCUAUUGGCUACCAAGAACUGA